CCGACCACGCCGCUGGUGGCCUAGGACAAAUAGCCCAAUCGAUCUACCUCUUCUCCUGUUGAAGUGAUGUUCAUCGUUCUUGUUUUUUCCAUGUGAUGUUCAUCGUUCCUUUUAUUUUCUUGCUUGAUGUGCUAAUCGUGUUAGUCAUCUAGAAGAUGAAUGAAACUGUGACGGGAAAGGACAGAUGGACUGGAUAUAUUGCCUCGCCAUGCCACAUGGUGGCCGAGAUGCGGCAGCCCCAUGCUCUGUUCCGAUGGGCCUCCUAUGCUCGAUGUUGCUGCUGGUUGAGUUUGGUACGGUUUCCUGUUGUCGCUUGCGUCGAGCCUUGGGUCCGUCUCUCCUUCUCAUUGAGCCUACUUCUCCUGUCGCUGGCGCUUCUUCUUCUCGUCGGUCCUGCUGCUUACCCAACCUUUUGCUUGCUGCCUCGGGUUGCACGAUCUCUGAUGUAGCUGCGUCGUUUGACUCAUCAAGAUAUACCACAGAGGGAAGAUCUGCCUCACUGUGCACUUCAGGUGCGCGCACACUAGCGAUGGUACAAGAUUGGCUUCCUGGUGGAAUCAGGUGCGCGUCGUCCAUGGUGGCCUGUCGUGGGUGUUGGUGGGCGGCUGGAGGCGGCUGUAGCAGACUCUAGAAUCGCUAAGGUUGCUCCUUCUCUGUUCCUUUGGUCAAGGGAACCCCUCCUGGUCGAGCCCCUAGCCCCCACCUUGGCAGCUGCCUGGAGAGGAGGAUAGCUCGAGGACAACUCCCAAUGUGCCGAGGAGAUGGGAACAUGAUAAGUCGACACAUAAUAAGGAUCAGAAGAACAACAGAUAUGCUAAGAGACAAACCUUUUGGGGUUAAGGAUAUAAACAACAACAGAGCUUAUGAGGCCGAAGAGAGCUCGAGUGGCGUCUUUUGGUUCUUGAAGACCUGCACGUUCCUGGUGGAGUAGAGCAAAAUAAUUUGGAGGCUUUAAAGCUACUGCACUUCAUGUAUUUAGGAUCAAUUCUUUGUUUUAGUUUGAAAUAUUCCCCAUUUCCUCCUAUUUGAUUGAUUCAUCUGAUGAACAUUUUGUCAGGCAAAUAAACAAAAGGCAUAUGUAUUGUUACGAGUGAAGCCAUCCAUACUCCCAUGUGGAAUUCAAGAAAUAGAAAAAUGUUAUUGUUCUUGUA